AUGGCGAUCAGGCAACACGUAGGAGUCUUCUACACGCGAAUGUGGGAUGAAUGGAAAUACGGGUACUUGAGGACGCGCACGGGGCAAGUCGUGUAUAAAAAGAGAAAAUCGAAUGUCGUGCGACCGCCAGUUUCGACCGAUGGGACUUCCAGGAUGGCAAAGCUCGCGGCGAUCGCGAUCGUGCUUGCAGCUUGCACCGUGCAGCGAUCCAGCGGGAUCGAUCCACGGGGAUCGAUCGAGAGGAGGGCAGCGACGGCAGGUAUGGCAGAUGAGGCCAUCGGGGAGAUUUUUCGCGUCAUCUCGACGGAAAAGUCAAGCAAAAAGGACGAUGACCUGCUGGUGAAGUACAUCAAAGAGGAAAUCAUGAGGACAGCGCAAAGCAUCAAAACGCCAUCAGGUUCUAUCGAGGCUGCAGCCAGGAGAGCUCAAAAAUUGGUCACCGAAUUGACGGCUGCCUACACCACUGCUAUUUACAAGUCGAAAUCCACGGAGGAGGCCAAAGUGAACUUUGGUCGAUUCCAGAACACUGUACAAAGUAUCGUAGAUUUCAUCAAAAAUGGCCAGUUCGUCAUCUGA